AUGGAAAAAGUCGAGGUUCUUAUCUGCGGCAGCGGCUCUGCUGGCCUUUGUGCUGCUACCUGGCUCGCCAAGUAUGGUACUCGAACGGCGGGGGGUCCCAUGAAGAUGGGCCAAGCUGAUGGCGUCCAAUGUCGCACAGUGGAGAUCUUUGAAAGCUUUGGGGUUGGAGAAGAGCUCCUUCGUGAAGGUUAUCACGUCUCUGAGGUGAAUUUCUGGGCCGACGAUGGUGCAGGCUGCAUCAAGCGCACAGGGCGAACGGCAGAUACCCAGCCUGGUCUAUCACACCAGCCUCAUCUGAUCCUGAAUCAGGCACGGAUCAACGGCCUACUCAUCGAGCUGAUGCAGAGACACAAUGAUCAGCAAAUCGACUAUGGUUACAACGUGACCGAUGUGACGGUUGAUCGCGCCUCUGUUGGAGAUCAUGACGCCUACCCCGUGAAGAUUACCGCUGAAAAGGACGGCAAGAUAGAAGUGUUUGCAGCCAAAUAUGCAUUGGCCUGUGAUGGGGCACACAGCAUUGUCCGCAAAGCCCUCGGUUACAAAAUGAUUGGAGACAGCAGUGAUGCCAUUUGGGGUGUCAUGGAUAUGGUGCCCAGAACUGACUUCCCUGAUAUCCGCAAAAAGUCCACCAUUCGUUCGGCUUCAGGCAAUAUCUUGAUCAUCCCCCGCGAAGGAGAGAAUGACAACCUGACAAGAUUCUAUGUUGAGCUUGCUCCAGGAACGAAACCCAAGGAGGUAACGCUGGAGAGUUUGCAGGCCCAAGCACAAAACAUCUUCCACCCUUACAAGGUUGACUUCACCGAGACAGUCUGGUGGUCAGCAUACGCGAUUGGCCAGCGUCAUGCCGAUUUCUUCCACAAGGAUAACCGAGUCUUCCUGGCUGGUGAUGCCUGUCACACUCACUCUCCAAAAGCCGGUCAAGGCAUGAAUGUCAGCUUACAGGAUGGCUACAACAUCGGCUGGAAGCUUGGAGAAGUCUUGACUGGUCUGGCCAGUCCCUCGCUUCUGGAGACUUACGUCCUGGAACGUCAACAGGUUGCCAUUGACCUGAUCAAGUUCGACCGUUAUUUUUCGAAGCUGUUCUCUUCCGGAGCUGCAACCUCUCCUGCCGAGUUCCAAGAAGGCUUUAUCAAAUCAGGUAAAUACACGGCCGGUUUAACGGCGAAGUACGAAGUUUCGCCCAUUACCACCACAUUGGAAUCGGCCAAGCUCGCCUCCAACGUGGUUGUUGGCAUGCGGCUGCCUAGCGCACAAGUCGUGAGGCUCUGUGACUCAAAACCGCAGCAGCUCAUGAGGUCUCUCAAGUCUGACGGCCGAUGGCGUAUCAUGGUCUUCGCCGGUGACCUGAGUGAACCUGAAAGUCGCUCAAGGCUCAAAAAGCUGGGAGAAUAUCUGACCGCAACCGAUGGGCCCAUUAGAGCUUUCACGCCCAAGAACCAAUAUAUCGAUAGCCUUAUCGAGACAAUCUUGGUCGGUCAUGGAAAGCGUCACAGUGUGGAGUUGGAGCAGAUUCCCGAGUGCUUUUACCCCGUCUCUGGGAAGAAUCAAAUAAGAGAUCUACACAAGAUUUAUUACGACGACGAAAGCUAUAAUCACGGCCAUGGCCAUGUAUACGAACAUCUCGGCAUUGACCCGGCGCAGGGAGCUAUCGUCAUUGUUCGGCCAGACCAAUAUGUCUCCGCCGUUGUGGAUCUAUCUGAUUAUUCAGAAAUUGGCAAUUUUUUCGCUGGAUUCCUCAAGCGGCAAACGUAG